GCAUAAUGAUUGGUUUAUAUAGAGCGCGGCUGCGAUUCGCCAACCAGUUUCAUUCAAGAAGUAAACAAGGCAACAAAUACCACUUGGACUUCGCGGAUUUCCGUUAUGGAUACGUUAAAUAUAAAACCGUUAAGUGAGGCCAGUGAGUGGUCUCAGGGUGCGCGAGGCAGCGCGGAGACCGCUCGGGAGGGGGGAACCGGCCCCGCUCCCACAGAGAUGGCGUCCAGCUCGAGCGAGGAGCGCGCCCUCCGCCGCGUGAUGGGCCGCUGGGGCGCCGAAUGGUUGAGCUGACUCGGGUCAGAGUACCAGAAACCCGCCGCGCCCCAGUGGCCGGCGAACCACCCUCUGCCGCCGCCGCGGUGGGGGGUCACGCGCCCCACUUUGAGUCUCUCCCUCCAGCAAUACGAGGAUUUAGUGGCAAAAGCUGAGGUGCUAUUGGGCAAGCUCGCUGUCUCCGAAAACUAUGACUCAGUCAACAACUUCAUCGCUCUCUAUGACUCCUACAUGGCGUCUCCUGCUGAAAACCUGGAGGAAUUUUUCCCGAAGUACAACCCACCUAUUCGUGCUCACAAACACACCUGUGUCGGUCUGGGUAUUGAGACAAUGAAACGCUUGAAAGUCCUCGAGAACGAUUUCCCUGGAAUAUCGAAGGCCAUGAUGCUGGUGUCGUGUGACGAGAAUAUCAAAGACCUGGAUGAUUAUACUACAGCUUCUCCGGGUCCUCAAGGUUUUCUGAUUGAGACAGAGAAGGAUCACGUCAUGGUGUGUAUCAGCAUCAGGGUGAACGGCCGGCCUGGAGUGUUCCUCUCGGACCUGGGAUACCAUGUAUCACGCGUCGUCACUGUGAUGGCAGACCGCUGUUACCCACACACAGGUUGGUUUAUUCAAUCCGAUGAGCCUCACAGCCGGAAGGAGUACAACUACCAACUCAACCUGAACAACUCCAACUACGUGGAGUGGCAUGAGAGGGACACCAGGGGUUCCACCGUCAAUGAACGUCUGUCACUAAUCUAUGUCGCCAAGCCAUAUCUUACUGCUAUCAACGUUACUGAGAAGAGGAAUUUGGUCUGGGAUUUAAGGAGUCUUCUGGCCAGGAAUCCUAAAGGCCACCUAAUUGCGGGUAUCUACUUCCCGGUCAAGGAGAAGACUCAACAAUUCACGAUAUUUUUCGACGGCAACAAUGGCAAACAACGCAAGAAAUUGAAGUUUGAAUCUUUCUUACAACUGCAGAAGAUCCCAGAAGAGCUUGUCAAUGAGGUAGAGCAGUGUAAUGAACAGUUGCGGCUGAGGGAUGGUGAAUUGCUGUCAACCCUGAAUAAGCUGGCUACCAUCAUGGCUGACGAGGAAUACGUGAAGGAGCUCCUCGCAAUCAACAGUAAAGUUGUUGAGUUAUCAGCGGGUCAUUAAAUAUAUAAGAGACACGUAGAGUUUAGAGUAGUUACGGGGCGGAAAUAAAUUGUAAAAAUUA